CCCGCGCAGCUCUCACCGCGGUCCCCUUAUUUGGAUCUGCGGGAAUGUGGGCUGGAGCGGUGCUGCAGCGGUACCAGCCUCCAGCCUAUCGCCGGGACUGCCCCUGACCCAGGCGCGCCCGCUGCUCGGUGGCAGGAGGGCCGGCGGAGCGCCAUGGCCUGCAUCCUGAAGAGAAAGUCUGUGAUCGCGGUGAGCUUCAUAGCAGCGUUCCUCUUCCUGCUGGUUGUGCGCCUUGUAAACGAAGUGAAUUUCCCAUUGCUGCUAAACUGCUUUGGACAACCUGGUACAAAAUGGAUACCAUUCUCCUAUACAUACCGGCGGCCCCUUCGAACUCACUAUGGCUACAUAAACGUGAGGACACAAGAGCCUUUGCAGCUGGACUGUAACCUUUGUGCGAUAGUGUCAAACUCAGGUCAGAUGGUUGGCCAGAAGGUGGGGAACGAGAUAGAUCAGUCCUCCUGCAUUUGGAGAAUGAACAAUGCCCCCACCAAGGGCUACGAAGAAGACGUUGGCCGCAUGACGAUGAUUCGAGUUGUAUCCCACACCAGCGUUCCUCUUUUGCUGAAAAACCCUGAUUAUUUUUUCAAGGAAGCGAACGCUACUAUUUACGUUAUUUGGGGCCCUUUCCGCAACAUGAGGAAAGAUGGCAAUGGCAUUGUUUACAACAUGUUGAAAAAGACUGUGGACCUCUAUCCGAAGGCCCAAAUUUACGUGACCACAGAGAAGCGCAUGAGUUACUGUGAUGGAGUGUUCAAGAAGGAAACUGGGAAAGACAGCUUCUGGCUGGUCACUCUUACUGAUGACUGCAAGCUCGCUUACGCUGCGCGACGAGUGCUGCUACUUGCUCGCUCCUCCCAGUAAUGCCAUUUGCAGCAGUAUGGAUGGACCUAGAGAUGAUCAUACUAAAUGAAGUAAAUCAGAGAAAGAAAAAGCAAGUUUUAAGCUUCUCUUCUUGCCUUUAUGUUUGUUAACGCUUUUCAUCCUACGUGUAACUGUGGUCCCCACUUUGCCUCCUUCAUACCUCUCCAUGGGUCACAUCUGGUGCCUCCCCGAGGCUCUGAAGUGCCACCCCUUCAACAAAGCCUCCCUGCUCUGCUCGCCUCUGGGCAGAGUGAGCCUGUCUUUCCUCUGGGCUCUCCUACUUCGUGAAUAUGGGCCCAGUUGUGGAACAGAGUAGCUCUUUGAGUAGGUGUCUUCCUGCCCAGCUAGAACAUGAGCUUUCCUGAGGGCAAAGGGCAGUUUUAUCCUUUUCAUAUCUGUAAACACUGUGCUCAAUAAAUAUUAACUUGGAAAUCAGAAAAGCAGUGAUACUAUGAGCCAAGUGUCCCACAGUUUACUUUUUCUUCUUUGAAAUAAGGACUCAUUGCCACACACCCUUUUUGAAGGUUGAAUGGAUGCUGAGAUGUGGUGUUUGGAGAUGUCUGAAGGCUUUCUGUAAUAACACAGUAACUCUUCCAUAGUAAUCCUCUCAGUAACUCUUUGCCUCAACUUUGGUCAAGAUAAGUGAUGUCCUUGGAGGGCAUGAAAUAUCAUAUAUUAUUUGUUUUCUUGUCACAGCUAAAGGGGAGAAGUGAGUCCUGGGAAAAUGUUGUAGUAAAAAGUCUUUGCAAAAGAGUUACUGUCAUGACAAAGCUAAGCUGUUUCAAGAGGCUCUUAACUCUCCCUAAUAUGUAUAGCUUAAAAUAAAACCUAAUGUAUAGAAAUGAAAAAAGGAAGUUUGUUUGAAAAGGCUUGGGCUUUGAAAAGCUAUGCUUUAGGCUUUCAAUUUCUCUGUAUAUGCUUCAGUAACUCUUCAGGAUUUAGGAGUAUGUAGGCAUUGGGUUAUUUAUUGCUGUAGGCUGAAGCAUGUACUUUUGCAAAAGUAUAUUAUCUCUGAAACUCUUUAUGACCUCUCACCCACCCACUCUCAUUCAUAUUCAGUUGCCACUAAACCCAUUUCGCAACCAACUAAAGAUGCAAUAACAUACAUGAUGUUAAGGAAAUCCGUAGAGAGCAUAGCUGUAUUUUUCUUAUUGGGAAUCAUGCAGCUAGUAACCAUUAGAUAAGCACCAAAUCCACGUAAAGGUACAUUGCUGGACACCGAGAAUCCAAGAGUGAAAAGGAAAAGGAGCUUCUAACACAUCAAAGGCAACAAGCACCAAAAUGGCCGUGUAAACAAGACCCAGCACUAGGAAAGAGGACAGAAUUAAAUUUAACUGAUUAGAAAUAGCUCCUCUUACCAGUAGUGUGACUUCGGACAUUUCACUUAAUCUCUGUGUGCCUCACUUUUCUCUUCUGUAAAUAGAGAUGAUAAUAUUACCACCUCAUUGGAUUUAGUGGGGAUUGAAUUAAUGUAUAUGUGUCAGUCCCUGACACCAAGUAUGUGCUCAAUAAAAUAUAAAUAUGAUUGGUUUCACAAAAGAUAUUCUGGACUUUUUAGGAGGGAAGAUAAGAAAGGACUUCCCAGGCAGAGGUAGCAGUUUGAGUGAAAACAAAGGCAUGAAGGUAUGAAAUGUGCUGGAGAGGAGUUCAGUGUUGGUGGAAUUUCUUUUAAUGGAAAAUAUUAGGGGAUGCCCUGGAAGUGUAGUCAGGCACCAGAUGAGAAAGGGCAUCAUAUGCCAGAUCAAGCAUUUCUGACCCUGAUGUUUGUAUUUUCAAAAAGUGAGUUUUGUGGCAGAAAGUGAUGUUUUAUAAAUGGAGUACAGCCAAGGAGCCCAGUUAGGGUCACUAAAUGGUUAUUACAAUAGCCCAAAUUAAAGCUGAUGGGGACAGGACACGUUGCCAUAGAAAGGCAACAAGAACCAGGAUUUGAAAGCAGAGGCCAUACCAAGGGCAAAAUGCCCACCACAGGUAUAUCCUUUCUCUUUUCGAAAAAAUAGAACUGUAUUUGAUAAAAUCUUAUUGUUCCUUAUCAAAUUCUGUUUCAGAUUUUUACCUUCAAACCAUGCAGGAACAUUAGGGCCUCAUGAACUAUAAUUGAUUAAUUUUAUGACUCACUUUUUAAAGUAAAUGGAAAUUUUAAAUUUGUUUUUUAUCAUGAGCAGCCUUGUCUGGCAGUGACUAGGCAGAGGAAAUAGGAUAAAAGAUGUACUUUUGUGGGGGAGCUACUGAGUAGAAAGAAAAACAAAAAGCAAUGUGGACACAAAGCCUUAAGGAAGUAUGAGAGAAUGUGGGUUUGCUCAACUCAAAAGAUUGAAUAAAGGUGUAUGGACCUAUAGUUUUAUUUUAAUGAUAAUAAAUAUUAUUUGUUGGACGCCAACCUUAUGCCAAUCUCUGGGCUGUGUAUUCCGUACAUUAUCUCAUUUGAUUGUCUCAGUAACCCUAUGAGUCAGGUACAACUAUCACCUUUAUUUUACAAGUAAGACAAGUAAGCUUCAGAAAGAUUAUGUUACUUGCCUAAGCUACCAGGCAAAAGAACGAUAAGGGGGAAAAAUGUGCUCAAGACAAGAUUUUAACCCAGAUUUGAUCUUACAGCCCACACACUUAGAUGUCCUCUGCUAUGAGCACCCAAAACUCAUUAGUGGGAAAUAACUAUGUGAAAAGCUGAACAAUUUCCAGUUGAGACAGAUGCUAUUAUCCGUCAUCAAAUAUGGGUCUUUCUCUGGCCAAGAACUCCGAGGACACACUUGGGAAGGGUAAACUUCCCUUGACGCCCAUGCCAAUCUUCAGGCAUUUUGAGUUCUCCGAACAACCCUUUGAGGAGCUUUCACUCAUCAGUUUAUAAGAGCUUUUUGCCGCCACAUUUAUUUCUUCCCAUCCUCUCUAAGUACCAAUGUGCAGGUGCAUGGAGCCAGUAGUGGGACUGAGUAGGAAAGGUCUCAGAGUCAGAGGUAAGGGACCUGUAACUGUGUGUCCUGGGUGAAGCAGCAUCAGUCGUAGUUUCCCCUUUCAUAUAAUGAGUCCAUUUCCCCCUUAUAAUCUAAUAAUUAGUUAGCUGUACAUUUGCCACCUGGAAUUUAUCUACAGAAAUACUCCACUGCAAGCUGAUUACCUCCUACCUCAAUUGUCUCCUCUACUAGUUGACGUGUACUUAGAGACUACACACUAAUUUUCACAUUUCCAUGAGCAGAACACAAACACAAAGGUAAACCUGACACAUCCCAAAUAAUACAGUGUAUUCUAUAACCCACAGUAAGUGACCGCCUGAUUUUGCACUCUUUUGAAUUGCCCACAUCACGUUUGCGUUCAUUAGCAUGACAUGAUUCAGAGUUGACUGGAUUAGUUUUAUUCCAUACACAUUCAAGAGGCAAUCUAUCUGUGCUGUGAAAUAACUCAUCUUGCACUUUAUUGAGCCAUGGUGUGGACUAGGGGAAAAAGUAUUAGGUGCUUCUUUUUGCUCAAUCAAUCAAUCAAUCAAGAAUGCAUACCCAUUUUUUCCAUCUGUCCCAGAGCUGAUCUGUUAUCUGACGGGAACCUCCAUCUUGCACCCAGCCUGGCGUUAUUCACAUAGCACCCAGCAAGGGGCCCGACUCGGUGGGCAUCUUGACACUACCCCUUUAAGGAUACCUGUUUUGACUGUCACCAACAGCAUGUGACUGCUAAUCCAAAAAUGGAUUUCUUUCAUGGAAUUUAAGACUCAAAAAUUUGAGUGGAAAUAACUCUUUCACCAGACUCCUAGGGAACGCAGCCCUCAUUUUUCACACAUAGGACUGCUGAGGAAGGCCAAAAUGGUCUCCUACUGUGUUUAAGAUCUUUCCUUUUUUCUUUUUAAAUUACUGGCUCUCUGUAGCAUCCUUCUGUGAUCUGUGACAUCUAUAGUAUCACAGUUGUGAUUACUCAAGAUUUCUGUUCCUUGAAGUCUCAAUUUCUGAAGUCUUAAGAGCACCAGCUUGGUUUUAUUCCAGCACAUUUACUAGUAUACUUUUGAAUUAUAAGAUCCAAGUGUCUUGGCCAAACCAAAGCCAAAGGCAGAGCUGUCAUUGUUAAUUCAAACAGCUUCUGGGACGGUUUAAAGCAGUGCUGUCCAACUUGGCCUUGAAGAGCGAUGACUCCAUCAGCUCAUUCAGCCUGGAGUUGGGAGGGCUCUGCCUCCUGUCUGCAAGAAUGUAUUGCAGAGUUCGAGGCAGGACUUCUUAGAAAGUCCUGGGCAGAGAACUCAUGGCCCUCUGUAAUUCCUAAGUGUCUUUCCCCUCCUCUAAGCUACCCCCAUCAAAAAUCCCUACGCCAAAAAGAAUCUUACUUUCUAUUUUCAAUAACUUUGGCUAACGUGUGCAGGGGCCUGUGGUUUAACUUGCUUGGCCUUGUCAAGUUUUUAAAGCAUAGUCUGAUGCUCUACAAAAAUUAUUUGAUGAAAUUUGAAACAAAAUCAUUUGAAAAUGAAGGUAUGAUAGGAAAUAGCCUUCUAAUCUUGACUUAUGCAUUACAGAGAGGUGAGGCUCCCACUCAAGGGAGAUGGCAGGAGAGUUAUACUUCACGUGAAGUGCUGUUUACUCUCACUCUCUAGGGGACUCUAUAAUGGGUGCAAUUUGGCAUCUUAACUGUGGAAAAUAGUGUUUCCAAUCAUUUCUCAACACAAAUUUUCAUUAUGGUCGUUUUACUAGGUAAUUCAGACCAAUGUUUCAGGUAACUGGAAUUGACUUCCUACUUCUCACAGGAUUAGAAGCAAAGAAGUUGUCACCUUUCUAGAGACGGAGGGUUAGCUUUUAAUUUGUGCUGGAUCUGACCAGCUAUAGGCUCCAUCCACACCCAGGGUUUUUCCUUUCCAGUGAGUCAGCUGCUAGCUGCUAGCUGCUAGCACGGGAACCAGUCUUUAGCAUUUAUCUCUCUAGAAAUUGAUCAGAUUUUAGAUCCUUUGAGUUAGAUAAAGGGAUAUUAGAAGAUAUUUUUUCAAUCUACCCAUUUUUCUGAAGCUGGAUGCUCUAAAUAUAUUCCCCAAUUCUCUCAUACAUCUUCUACAACAUUUGCUCACCCAUUUAUUUAAUAGUUUUUACUUGAUGCCAGUUCAAGGUCAUGCUCUGUGCGAGGCACACAGUCCAGUGAGAGACAGGCAAGUUUGUGAAACACUGUGGUGAAACUGGAGAAGUCUUCAGGAAUCAGCUCACGAAGAGCCUCAUAAGCCAUUCUAAUCUUGAAAAGAAUGUUGAAAAUUCCCAGCAGAUAAAAAUGGCAAUAAUGUUAUAUACAUUUGCAUAGGACCUUUAUUUUCUAAACUGUUUUAUUGCUUUUGAUGUCAUUGGAUUUCCAUGUCCGCCCUGUGAUGUAAGGAGAGGAUAUCUUUGUCUCUCCUGAUUAAGAUAAGGAAAAGGAUGCUUAUCCAAGGUCACUCAGCUGGAGAGAGACAGAGCUGUGGAUGCCUAAAUCAAAGAUAUGUCAUCCAUCAGUCUCUGCUUACGCACUUGGAACGUUAGGGGUGGUAUUCCUGCUAACAAACCUGUGUGCUCGUGGGCAAGUGCUUGUGUUAUCUAGAAGAUGCCUGGGCCAUCUCUCUGCCCUUGGCAAUGCUCACCACGGUGCCUUCAACCUAGUCAAUGCUCAGCAAAUGACUUUCUGUGUGAGGUAGUAUACACAGUCUGGAUUUCACAUCGUAAGUCUCCUUUAUUUUUGUCCUUAGGGAAAAAAAUAAAACAUCAAAAAAUCAAUGAGGAGAAACUAGCUGUCUAAUGUGUGAGCAGAGAUUGUUUGUUUAUUUAUUUGAUGCAUUCUGACUGUCCUAAACACCUAGGGAUGUCUUUACCAUUGCAGGGACUACCAAGUGCAUAGAAUAGUGUCAGGGCUCUGGUAGGAAAUCACUAACAUUAGUCCUUUUCCACUUUCCACUGUUCCCUGUGCUCAGGAAAAAAUGAACAGAGGAACAGCAUCUAACAGGAAGCAGAGCCACAGCAGGGAGUAGUUCCGGCCCUUUCUUAACCAGCUGGGGAGCCUUGUGUCCUCUGCUUAUUAGACUGAAUCAAGACUUACUUCCUUGUAUGAUCAAGGACCACAAACUUACUCGGGCUCCUCCCAGUCACCCCUAGCUCAGAAGAUUUUGGUCAUCAAACUACAAUUCUUAAGCAAUAUUUUUUUUCCAUUUCUCCAUUUUAUUAAUCAAAGACUUACAAAAAUGCCAACAGAGCUGCUGAUUUGUCUGUAGUUGGUAUGUACAGUUAGUUUGUAAAUCCAGAAUUUCUGAUAAGCUUUGAUAGCAGUUGAAAAUGGUUUUCCAACUUGGUGAGAACUUCAGAGACUAGUUGGAACCAUUUAAGUUGCGACCUGGGAGCAUCUCCUCCAGGAAGCCUCUGAUGCCCAUGCUGGUCCAAGUGUGUCAGAGAACCCUACACAUAACAAUAUCAGUGCUGUUCAAAGUGUGGUCCCAGGCCUGUAGCAUCAGCAUCUCCUGGGAAUGAGUUAGAAAAGCAAAUUCUUGGGCCCUGCUCCAGACCUGUUAAUCAGAAACUCUGACUGGGGCCCUGAAAUCUUUGUUGAAACAAGCCCUCCAGGUAAUUCUGAUGCAUGUUCAAGUUUGAGAAGCCCUGCAUCUUACUGACAAACCCAUCGUAUCAAAACUGUCAGCUUGGGGUGGGAGAGGGUAUAGCUCAGUGGUAGAGCACAUGCUUAGAGUGCACAAGGUCCUGGGUUCAACCCCCAGGACCUCAAUUGAAAAAAAAAAAAACAAAAACCUGUCAGUUUAUAUGUGUGCCUCCACUCUGGACUAGAAGUUGUUUAAAAAACGGUUUUUCCGGUGAUAGUAAUUGCCUUGUAUUUUUACUUGUAUAGUUUUCUAAGUAGUCCGUCAGCACUGCCAUGUGCACAUCAAUAUUUUUUCCUGAGUAUCAAACGUAUGCCACACCUAGACAAGGUGUCCUCCGGGCCUCUCACAUAGUUGUCAUUAUAGGAUCCACACGUCACGUUUGUUGUUGCAUCUCUGGUUCCCGGACCCUUUUCUUACUCUUUCCUAGUAAAUCCUUCAUCUUGCUGAAUUACAUCAUCCAGGAGCUUCCUAAGAAUGGAUGGAUAAGAGAGAUAAGUUGUUUUGCAUUUUUUUUGAAACGGUCUUGAGUCUCCCCUCACACUGGAUUGAUAGUUUGUUAAGAAUAUUAU